GGAAGAUGAGUUGUUCACGGAAGAGAAGAUGGCGUUGAUCCCUAAUUCGCUGAAAUGGAUGAUUCAUGAAUUCCUAAGGCUCAAAGAUAAACGUGAUAUAAUCACAAUUUCUGUCCCCCGAGGAUUCAUUGCACCGCGUACCCAGAUCAUUUUAUCUGGAGAGGAUUUGCAGCAGGUUGCUACGUGUAACUACAUCGGCAACCAGGGAAUGCUGUUUGGAAUGAUGCACAUAUGGGAGAGCAUCAACGGUCUGAGAAAAAUUUUCAAGUUUUACGACCCAGAGCUUCUCACAGUGCAUGGGAUCAGCGAUGAAGAACAGAGUCAGUCUUUUGACGAUGCGGCAAGACGAUUGGCUAAUUGGUUAUCAUUAAUGAACAGCAACCACCAAAUGUUCUUUAUUCCUUGGAAUAUCGGGAUGCAUUGGACGCUAGUGGUGGUUGCGCCAAAUAAAAUUAUCCAUUUAAACCCUCUAAAAGGCCGCCCAAUUCCCGAAGAAAUAGAACAAAUGAUCGGAAGGGCAUUCAUGUAUAUAGGGGACGCACAUCAGUAUCUUGGCCCGUGGCAAGGAAUUGCACAAGCAAACUGUCCAAGACAACCUAAAAGCCAAGAAUGCGGUUUUUAUGUUUUGAAAUAUAUGACUGACAUCGUCGCACGUGCCAACCCCAACCGUUACAUAGAAGAUCAAAAAGCUUUUGGGGGUAAGAAGCAAUACGAGCCAAAAACGUAA